GCGGUAGCUAGAAAUAUCCACUUCCGGUUUUUGUUGUAAAUAACAUCCACCCAACAAUGACAAAUUCUGAAGUAAAAGCAGAAUCAGACGAAGAAAUGGAGCACGAAUCGUUAGAAUCAUCUAAAAGCGAAGGAGAAGAGUCUGGUUCGGAUACCGAAAGUGGAGACGAAUACCAUGUUUCAGACUUAAAUGAUGAAGAUUUUGAUAAAAAAAAGACGAAUCUCUCAACUGAUAUGGCAUAUCUCGAAAAACAAUUUGAAAAUGUAAAAAACGACUUAUAUAAUGCAAAACUACGUCAAGCUAACGAUAAAAUUGAUGCUAUAACUAAAAAUAUUGCUCCCGAAUAUGUUAUACCCUUAGAUAAACUGAGGGAUCAGAGAGAAAUACGACGGCAGGUUGCAAAAAUACUUAGGGAAAUGCGAGUUAAGAGUAACGAAAAUAAAUAUGAAUAUGAAGUAAAUGGAGCUCGCCAAAGCUACGAAAGUGAUCGAUUUAUGCUCUCUGAUAAUGUUAGAAGUGAAUUGGAAGAGAAAAUUCGAAAACUGGAAGAAGAUAGACACAAUAUUGAUAUUACCUCGGACCUAUUCAUGGAAAGUCAAUCCUACCGAAAAACAAAAAAGAAAACCUCAGCUCAUGAAGGACUCAACGAGAAACGUAGAAAGCCAGUAGCAGUAACCGGUCCAUACAUUGUUUAUAUGUUAGAAGAUAGUGAAAUUAUAGAAGAUUGGACAGCUAUACGCAAAAUCUUGAAACAAGGUGAAUUAGGUGAGAAAAAGAAAAAAGACAUUGCCGCUCAUCAACACAGACCCCUUGUCCCCGAAAAAUCUUAUUCAGAAAAGAAUGUGCAUUUCGAUAAUAAGAACAACCGUCUGAUAUAUGAAGGUGAAGUAUUUAGUAAGGAUGAUAAUAUUACAAUAGAUAUGCGAGAAGAUUCACCCGCCUUGUAA